GGAGCGGGUCGAGAGGAGCCGUUGUCAAAGAAACUAAGGAGUAUUUUUAUUUUCAUCAAAAGGCCGUAUUUUAAAACAAAAAUGCCUUCCCAGUGCGGCGCUAUUGGCUGUUCAAAUAAAGUUGAUGCCGAUGCAAAGAAGCGCGGGAUAACGUUCCACAAAGUCCCUUCAAACCCUGAGCGACGAGCCAUCUGGAAGCAGGCUUUGAGGAGGGACUUUGUGAUCACCAAAUACACCGUGAUCUGCAGUGCUCACUUUGAGGAGAAGGACAUGGACCGGACCGGUCAGACCACGAGGCUCCGGGAGGGAGUGGUGCCGUCCAUCUUCAACUUCCCUGAUAAACACGCCCCAAACCAGCCUCGGAGAUCGAAGAGGAAAAAAAAUCAAACUAUAAGAGGCGGAAAAAACAAAGCUCAGGGGAUGCCAAAUAAAAAGUUUACUCCCAAAAUCUAUUUGCCAGAAGAACCGACAAAAGCGCAACAAGCUCGAAAGUCGAUCCGCGGGUGGAGGGCCGGAGUGAAGGCGGAGGCCAUAGAGACUGCUCUGACACCUGAACCUCCACAGUCUCCUGCUCCUCCCUCUGCUCCCUCUGCUCCCUCUGCUCCUGCUGCUCCUGCUGCUCCUGCUGGUCCUGCUGCUCCUGCUGCUCCUGCUGCUCCUGCUGCUCCCGCUGCUCCCCUCUUCUCUGCCGAGGACCAUCACUAUGCCAUCGCACCCGACAACGUGAAGCAGAAGCUGGACGAGGCAUAUCUGCGGAUCGAGGAUCUGCAGAAACAGCUGAGGAACUACAGAGAUCGAAUGAGACGCAAGGAGGCAGAGUUUCGAGUCCUGAUGGGAGAGACGCGGAGGCAGAACGAACUCCUGAGUCAGCUGAUGGACGGCAGUGAGCUCUGGAUCCUCUGCGACAAGUGCGGAGGAGGAAAGAACUGAAUGUGAGGAGGAGGAAAGAGCCGAGUGUGCGGAGGAGGAAAGAGCCGAGUGUGCGGAGGAGGAAAGAGCCGAGUGUGCGGAGGAGGAAAGAGCCGAGUGUGCGGAGGAGGAAAGAGCCGAGUGUGCGGAGGAGGAAAGAGCCGAGUGUGCGGAGGAGGAAAGAGCCGAGUGUGCGGAGGAGGAAAGAGCCGAGUGUGCGGAGUAGGAAAGAGCCGAGUGUGCGGAGGAGGAAAGAGCCGAGUGUGCGGAGGAAAGAACUGAGAAUAUGACUCUGUAACCCAUAAACCCCAGCCUGGAAUCUGCUUCUGGAUCUAUAAGACACUUUCCAACCCAUAGACCUCAUACAGCCUGGAAGCCUCUGAAUCUGUCAAAUUAUGUUUCAGUGUUUCAGACUGUGAAAGGAGGAAGUAGGGAUUUCUUUUUUCGAACUUGUUCCACAAACCCUUGGGCACGUCACUGAGAUUCACAUGGAAGAAUUUUCAUACUUGUUCACAGGUUUAAAAGUAUUUUUACAGAUAGAGAUGUGAAGGUUGGACACAGUCUGCCUCAUCCCAAAACAAAAGACCCUUUCAAUCAGAUAUUUUACAGUUGGAGUCUGGAUUUUACACAAGUGCUGCAGCUUUAAGUUAAUGCAAUAAUUCAUCUUAAGUUUAAAUGGUGAUAGUUUAAUUUUGGAACAUUAAUUAUUAUAACUAUUAUUAUAAAUCUAACUAGACAGAAGUGUAUAUCGUAUUAUAACAGCCCCUCUCCAUCUGUUUAUGCACUUCAUAUUCUUGAUUUAUUGUUUGAGUUUGGAGUUUGUUUUUUGGUUUUUGGAACUUUGAACAGUUCCUUUUGCCUGACGUGUCCAGACCGAGUCCAGACCAGUCUGUGUUUUAUACAGAGUGAUUGAUGUCAGUCUGGUCUCCACUCCCUCCGUCGUGUCUCGAGCCAGAACCAAUCAAUGUUAUCGUCCAAUCAGAUUUGUUUUUAGUGACUCGUGAAUCGAAGGAGCUCGUUGGUUGCUCAUUGAUUUUUUUUUUUUUUUCUUUCUUUAAACUUGUUUUGUAGCCAGUACAUCCAGAAGGGGGUAGUGUUUUGUAAGUUUUAAAGUUUUGAGACCAAAAUUAGAAUUAUAUUUGCCCUUAAAAUGCUGUUUUAUUUAAGUGAAUUCACUACUGAGAAUGUUUUGUAUUUUUGAAUGAUAUCUGGUUUACAUUUGUAAAUACUGUAAAAAGAUAUUUGCUUUUUGCUCUAUUUUUGACCGAAACUGUAAAGUGUAUAUUUUUAAUUAAACACAAACUAACUGUG